AUGCAGUCAGAGGUGCUGCGCAUGCGGCAGGGAGGCCGCGGAGGCAGCGCGCGGCCGUGCACAGGGUGGCCCGGGCCAGGCGCCGCCGCUGUCCCCGCACCAGCGCGUCUGGUCGCUUUGGAAGUAGAAAGUGGGUUUAAGGUUCAAUUUAAGGAGGUUUAUAUGGUCAUCAAGUCCAGCUCUUCUGUUUCAGGGAAACUAAAGCUUUGCUUUUUCAGCCAAGCUAAUCGUUUUGAGGUUUCCAGAGGAAAAGGGCGGCAAAGCACAGUUUUGAGUGAGCCUUCCUCCAAGGCGAGGAGAACAGAUCCGGUGACUGCUGGGCCCCAGGGCACCUUGGCGGCCAUUUUAGGUCUGCUGCCCGCGCUGUGGGAACUGCCUGCAGCGCUGCCCCUCGUGGUGCCACCCAGCCUCUUUGUGCCUGGAAAAGGCGCCUCUUCCUCUCAGACCGUGGUGGGAAUGGUCAGAGAUGAUUUGCAUGCCACUUUUCCUGCUUUUGGUGCCCUGGCUGAGCACCAUCUGAUUCUGGUGUCUGAAAUACUGAAGAUGGCGGCUGUUUUCCUGCAGCUUCUCGCGAGGUGGGCCGCAAAGCACGCCAAGCCUGUCAGAAACUGCUCCUCACAGAGCAAAACUGGGUGCUGGAGGAGAAAAGAAACUGUGAAAUUUUGUGGAAUUGAAGCUUUGAAUAAUGAUACUUUACUGGAUAAAACUCCGUGUGUAAAGCUUCUCAAGCCUAAUUUCGAUUUUUACUUCCAAAGAAGAAUGGAAAAGACUGAUUGGCGAAACCACGCGCGUUGCUCCAGCAUCUGGGCGAGCUCAGGCUUCCGCGCUGCUGGGGCGCGGGCACCACCGCCCCCCGAAGUUGUGCCCGGCCCCAGCAUGGGGCUGCCGCUGCGGCCCUUGGCCCUGCGCUUCCUCGCCCUGACCUUCCCCUUGGUGGCCAGGGGCUUUCCCGACGAGACGCUGGAGAAAGCCGCCAAGUCGGAGGGCUACUGCAGCCGGAUCCUGCGAGCCCAGGGCACUCGGCGCGAAGGCUACAACGAAUUUAGCCUCAGGGUGGAAGGCGACCCUGAAUUUUACAAGCCUGGGAACAGCUAUCGGGUGACACUUUCUGCUGCCACUCCUGCUUACUUUCGAGGAUUCACACUGAUUGCCCUCAAGGAGGGCAAAGAAGGGGACAAGGAAGAAGACCAUGCGGGAACGUUUCAGAUUAUAGAUGAAGAAGAAACACAGUUCAUGAGUAAUUGCCCUGUUGCUGUUACGGAGAGCACACCUAGGAGAAGGACGCGGAUUCAAGUUUUUUGGACAGCCCCUCCUACUGGUACAGGCUGUGUUAUUCUGAAAGCCAGUAUCGUGCAGAAGCGCAUAAUUUAUUUUCAAGAUGAAGGUUCCCUCACCAAAAAAAUUUGUGAACAAGACUCGGCCUCAGAAGGUGUGACCGACAAACCAAUUCUAGAUUGUUGUGCCUGUGGAACUGCCAAAUACAGGCUAACUUUUUAUGGAAAUUGGUCAGAAAAAACACAUCCAAAAGAUUUUCCACGACGAACCAAUCAUUGGUCAGCAAUCAUCGGUGGUUCCCACUCCAAGAACUACAUCCUUUGGGAAUAUGGAGGAUAUGCUAGUGAGGGUGUCAAACAAGUUGCAGAGCUGGGGUCCCCGGUAAAGAUGGAAGAAGAAAUUCGACAGCAA